CACUGAUCACCCUGUCCGAUCCCAUCCCCAGUCAUUGCCCUGCCCCAUCCUAUCGUCGUAUUCUUCUCACUUAAAGCAUGAUAUAACUUGGCCUUCACACCAAUCUAUCCUUAAAAGUUAUAGCCCAUAAUGGCUAGAGGAACGCCCGCCGUUUCCUCUCCCACGACUGCGACGCCCGCCUCCGCGGCACUGAAACGCUCCACGUCCAGUACGCAGAACAUGAAGAACCAGAAGUCAAUCCUUGGGUUCUUUCAGAAGUCGUCCCCAUCGACUCCAUCAACCGCUCGUAAUGCGGAACCUGCUUCUUCGCCAGCGGAGAGGGUCUCGGAGCAGCGCCGCGGGGGUGCCAAGGGCGCGGCAGAGAGGAAAAAGAGCGUUCCAAAAUUCAAGCAGGAAUUGGAACCGGUGCCGAGUAGUGAUCUGGUCAUCCCUGAAGAGGAUGAACAGGAAGAUAAUACUCAGGGAAGUCCGAAUGGAAAGCCCGAACUGAAGACUGCCUCUCCAUCACGGCGGGCCAAGAAGCAAGUCAACUACGUCGAAUCCGACUCUGAAGGCGAAGACGAUGAUGAGAAGAUAUUCCGCCCAGGCCGGAACAGCAGGAGCAAGCGGAGGAAGAUGUCACCAGAAAGUGAAGAUGAGUUCAACGAUGCUGGCGGAGACGUGGGCUACUCCGACGAUGAAAUGGACGAUUUUGUUGUUGCCGAUGAUUCGGAGGAAGAAGUCAAGCCAUCCAAGAAACGCAAGAGGCCGUCGAUCCAACCGAAGAGCAAGUCGUCUUCCUUGCCGCCUGUAUCAGCAGAAGAAGACAUGGACCUGGACAUUCCGGACGCGACUUCUGGCACAGCUCUCAAGUGGACAUACGACCCGGAAACUUCUGAACCUCGCCAGCCGCGCGCAGCCCCUACUCCCAAGAGCUCUUCGGUGGCUAAGAAGCAGAAAGCACAUGUUACGGAGCCUGAACAGCGGUAUGCCUGGCUUGCGAAUAUCCGCGACAUCGACGGACAUCCUAUCGGUCAUCCUGAAUAUGAUCCCCGGACUCUAUAUAUUCCCCCGUUGGCCUGGGCCAAGUUCUCUCCUUUUGAGAAGCAGUAUUGGGAGAUCAAGCAGAAGUUUUGGGACACCGUUGUCUUCUUUAAGAAGGGCAAAUUCUACGAGCUUUACGAGAACGAUGCUACUAUUGGACAUCAGCUUUUCGAUUUGAAGCUUACAGAUCGGGUAAACAUGCGCAUGGUCGGUGUCCCGGAGAUGAGCUUGGAUCACUGGGCCAACCAGUUCGUGGCCAAGGGAUUCAAGAUCGCUCGGGUCGACCAAAUUGAAUCAGCCUUGGGCAAGGAGAUGCGCGAGCGAGAUGGCAAGAAGGGCGGAGCUAAAGAAGACAAGGUCAUCAGGAGAGAACUCGCCUCUGUUCUCACAGCUGGUACUCUUGUUGAAGGCUCCAUGCUUCAGGAUGACAUGUCUACGUUCUGCGUUGCCAUUAAAGAAGCCCUGAUAGAUGAUCAGCCUGCGUUUGGAAUCGCUUUUGUCGACACUGCAACCGGUCAAUUCUUCCUAUCUGAGUUUGUAGACGAUGUGGACAUGACAAAAUUCGAAACGUUCGUCGCACAAACUCGACCGCAGGAGCUUCUCUUGGAGAAGUCUACAGUCUCUCAGAAGGCAUUGCGGAUUUUGAAAAACAACACGGGGCCGACCACAAUCUGGAACUACUUGAAACCAGGAAAGGAGUUCUGGGAAGCCGACAUUACGGUGAAAGAGCUUGAUGCUAGCGAGUAUUUUGUCUGCGAGGACGGUGAUAACCUGCAAGCAUGGCCCGAAGCACUUCGUGAAGCCCGCGAUAAGGAACUGGUCAUGUCCGCAUUUGGGGCUUUGGUGCAGUAUCUCAGAAUCCUCAAGAUCGAGCGUGACUUGAUAACCAUUGGCAACUUCACUGCAUACGACCCAAUCAAGAAGGCCACCAGCCUAGUGCUCGAUGGCCAAACCCUUAUCAACAUGGAGAUCUUUGCCAACUCCUUCGACGGUGGCUCUGAAGGCACGUUGUUCCAGCUCCUCAAUCGCUGCAUCACGCCUUUCGGCAAGCGGAUGUUCAAGCAAUGGGUUUGCCACCCGCUUGUGGAUGCGAACAAGAUCAAUGCUCGGCUGGAUGCAGUAGAUGCCCUCAACGCCGAUUCAAGUGUCAGGGAUCAGUUCUCCUCGCAGCUGACCAAGAUGCCUGACUUGGAGCGACUCAUUUCUCGUAUCCAUGCUGCAAACUGCAAGGCCCAGGACUUCUUGCGUGUCUUGGAAGGGUUUGAGCAGAUUGAGUACACCAUGAGUCUCCUCAAGGACAGUGGCUCCGGGGAAGGUGUCAUUGGACAGUUGAUCGGCGCAAUGCCUGACUUGAACGAGUUGCUUGAAUACUGGAAGACUGCCUUUGAUCGCUCGAAGGCGAGGGAGAAUGGCAUCUUGGUGCCCAAGCCUGGUGUCGAAGAGGAUUUCGACAACUCCCAAGAACAUAUCGAGCAAAUCCACCGAGACCUUGAGAGCCUUCUGAAGCGCGUGCGCCGGGAACUUGGCUCUUCCGCCAUCAUCUACAAGGACAACGGCAAGGAGAUCUAUCAGCUAGAGGUACCGAUCAAGGUGAAGAACAUUCCCAAGGGCUGGGAUCAAAUGUCCGCAACGAAACAAGUCAAGCGCUACUAUUUCCCGGAGCUGCGGAAACUUAUCCGUCAGUUGCAAGAAGCUCAAGAAACGCACAGUCAGAUCGUCAAAGAAGUCGCUGGCCGAUUCUAUGCACGGUUUGAUGAGAACUAUGCGACCUGGCUUGCUGCUGUCCGCAUCGUUGCUCAGCUUGACUGCCUCAUUAGUCUUGCCAAAGCUUCUGCCUCUCUAGGCCAACCCAGCUGCCGCCCAGUGUUUGUCGACGAUGAGAGAAGCGUCCUCGAAUUCGAGGAGCUGCGCCACCCAUGCCUGGUCUCCGCCGUGGGCGAUUUCAUCCCCAACGACGUGCAACUGGGAGGCAACCGCCCCAACAUUGACCUCCUCACUGGAGCCAACGCGGCCGGAAAGUCCACCGUCCUACGAAUGACCUGCGUUGCCGUCAUCAUGGCCCAAAUCGGCUGCUACCUCCCUUGUCAAUCCGCCCGCCUCACCCCCGUCGACCGAAUCAUGUCCCGACUGGGCGCCAACGACAACAUCUUCGCUGCGCAAUCCACCUUCUUCGUCGAGCUCUCCGAAACCAAAAAGAUCCUCUCCGAAGCCACCCCCCGCUCCCUCGUCAUCCUCGAUGAGCUCGGCCGCGGCACCAGCUCCUACGACGGCGUCGCCGUCGCCCAGGCCGUCCUCCACCACGUCGCCACACACAUCGGCGCUCUCGGCUUCUUCGCAACACACUACCACUCCCUGGCGGCCGAGUUCGAAGGACACCCCGAGAUCGCCCCGAAGCGCAUGCGCAUCCACGUCGACGACGAGGAACGCCGCGUUACCUUCCUCUAUAAGCUCGAGAACGGCGUCGCGGAGGGCAGUUUCGGUAUGCACUGCGCCGCCAUGUGCGGUAUCCCAGAUAAGGUCAUCGAGCGUGCAGAAGUGGCCGCCAAACAGUGGGAACAUACCAGUCGUCUCAAGGAGUCUCUGGAACGCCGGAAAGGCGGUGGUCUCAUCGGAAUGGGCUGGUGGAGUGAUAUCGCGUGGGCGCUGCGUGAUACAACCACGACGACUGAGAACGAGGAGGUCAGUGAUCGGAGUCUUGAGGUGUUGAGAAAGGCGAUUGAAGCUCUGUGAGCAUCAAAACUGUGUGUUAUGACCUAGCCUGUGUUUUCUCCCUCGUCAUCAAAAGCCAUUCUCACAUAGAUAUGAUGUCUGUUACUACUACUCUUGUUCUCUAUUUUUAUUAUAUGUACUGGGUUGGGAUAGGCGUUAGGUCGGGAUAUGUUACUGUUGAUUUCAAACCCGUGGGGAUAUAAUCCUGGUUAAUCUAUCGUGAUUCAAGAUUUGA